GCCUCGCAUUCGAACGGCGGCGGCGGCGGCGGCGGCGCCGGGCGGGAACAUGGCGGGAUCGCGGGCGCUGCUCCGGCAAUUCCCGCUGCUGCUGCCUCAGAACCGCCGGGGAACCGCCUACGAGGGCUUCGUCACCGCCCAGGGUAGAGAUUUCCACAUCAGGGUAUUGUUACCAGAGGAUUUGCAGCUGAAAAAUGCAAGGAUAGAGUGCAGCUGGAGUCUGAAGAAGAUCCUGCAUCGAUAUCAGCAUAUUUUAAAGCAGAGGCUCCACAGCUGCCCAGAUCUUGUCAGUCUUAUGGUGGAGCUGAGAACUGUUUUGGAAAUUGCUUUAAAGAACACACAAGACCUGCACAUACCACGGCCACCAGAAUACUACUCCUGUCUUGUCAGAGAUCUGGAAAUACUGGGCUGGAACAAAGUUGCAUACGUGGACACUGGGCUUACCACAGUCAGGUUAAAAGCUGAAGACUCUUGUGGUCGACAGCAUCUCAUCACUCUCAAGUUAAAUGCAAAGUAUCCCACAGAACCACCAGAUUGCCUCGUGGAUUUUCCUGUUCACUUUGCCAUUUCCUGGAUGCCACAGAGCUCCUUACUAGACAUUUACAACCAGUUCCUGGCAGCACUGGAGUCACUGAAAGAAUUCUGGGAUGUGCUGGAUGAAAUCGAUGGGAAGACGUGGGUGCUCGAGCCGGAGAAUCCCACCCGGAGCGCCACAGCCAGGAGGAUUGCAAUAGGGAACAACGUCUCUGUGAACGUGGAGGUAGAUCCUCGCCAUCCAAACAUGCUUCCAGAGUGUUAUUUCCUCGGAGCAGAUCAUGCAGUGGCCCCUCUGAGGACUAAGCUCAACAACAACAUGCACUUGUGGGAUCCAGAAAUCAGUUUGUUACAAAAUUUGAAAGACCUCCUAGAAAUUGAGUUUCCAUCUCGUGCGGUGUUGGAAAAAAGCGACUUUGCCAAGGACUGUGGGAUCUGCUAUGCCUAUCGCCUGGACGGCGCCGCUCCCGACCAAGUGUGUGACGAGCCCCGCUGUGGACAGCCCUUCCACCAGGCUUGUCUCUAUGAGUGGCUACAAGGCCUUCCUACCAGCAGGCAGAGCUUUAAUGUCAUCUUUGGCGAAUGUCCCUACUGCAAUAAGCCCCUGACGCUGAAAUCUUCGACGAAGAAACACUGAGGAAAAACUGCGUGGUGGGAACCCCACUGCACUUACAGUGGAGACACCAAAGCAGCAACAUCACAGCAGAUACAAGGACAGUACAAUGAGCAGCA